AUGGCUGUCAAUGGCGAAGUCAACGGCACGACGGUCAAUGUACCCGCAAAAACCUUCGAUACGAUCCUCGUCCUCGAUUUUGGAUCGCAAUACUCGCAUCUCAUUACCCGUCGGUUGCGUGAAUUGAAUGUUUACUCUGAAAUGCUUCCAUGCACCCAGGAGAUAGCCGGCUUGCAUUUUCAACCAAAAGGUAUCAUUCUCUCAGGAAGCCCAUACUCGGUGUAUGAAGAUGGCGCGCCGCAUGUUGACCCUGCGGCAUUUGAAUUGGGCGUUCCAAUCCUAGGUAUAUGCUAUGGCAUGCAAGAGAUGGCCUGGCACUUUGGCAAGAAUGUCUCGGCGGGCGAUAAGAAAGAAUAUGGUCAUGCCUAUCUGAGGAUCGAGAGACACACUGGCAAAGAACAACAUAUUGACCGCCUUUUUGAGGGCGUUGAGAAUGAUAUCGAAGUAUGGAUGAGCCACGGAGAUAAAUUGUCCAAACUGCCAGACGGGUUCUAUCCGAUCGCCAGCACAGCCAACGCGCCCUUCGCCGGGAUCGCCAGCAUGUCUAAGCCAUACUUUGGGAUUCAGUUUCAUCCCGAGGUCACGCACACUCCCCGAGGCACCCAAGUUCUCAGCAAUUUUGCGGUCAAAAUCUGCAAAGCAAGACAAGAUUGGACGAUGGAGAAAUUCGUGGACAAAGAAAUUGAGCGCAUUCGAGCCAUGGUUGGUCCCAAAGGCCAGGUGAUCGGCGCGGUAUCGGGUGGAGUUGAUUCCACGGUGGCGGCAAAGCUGAUGCAAGAGGCUAUUGGCGAUCGAUUUCAUGCUGUCCUUGUUGACAAUGGCGUCCUUCGAUUGAACGAGGCCGAAACGGUCAAAGAAACGCUGACCAAACAUCUUGGUAUCAAUCUCACAGUCAUUGACGCCACAGAUUUAUUUCUAGGAAGACUCAAGGGCAUCUCGGAUCCGGAGAAAAAGCGCAGGAUUAUCGGAAAUACCUUCAUUGAGGUUUUCCAAGAUAAGGCGAAAGCAAUCGCUGAGGAGGCAGCCAACUCUCCCAGAGCGGGAGAAAUCGAGUGGCUGCUUCAGGGUACUUUGUAUCCUGAUGUUAUCGAAAGCAUCUCAUUCAAGGGGCCAUCGGCCACCAUCAAGACCCACCACAACGUUGGUGGCCUCUUGGAGAACAUGCAUCUCAAGCUUAUUGAGCCAUUGAGGGAGCUUUUCAAGGACGAAGUGAGGGCAUUGGGAACCAACCUCGGUAUUCCCGAGCACCUUGUUUGGAGACAUCCCUUCCCCGGCCCCGGUCUUGCUAUCCGUAUUCUGGGCGAAGUUAAUGAGGACCAACUCAAGAUCGCUCGACAUGCAGACAAAAUCUUCAUUGAUGAGAUCAUCGCUAGUGGUUUGUACAGGAAAAUCUCUCAAGCCUUCGCAGCGCUUCUUCCGGUCAAAGCUGUUGGCGUCAUGGGUGAUAAGAGGGUGCAUGCUCAAGUGAUCGCUCUGCGUGCGGUGGAAACAACGGAUUUCAUGACCGCAGAUUGGUUUCCCUUCGAUGGUGACUUCCUCAAGAGGGUAAGCAGAAGAAUUGUCAACGAGGUUGAUGGAGUUUGUCGUGUUGUCUACGAUGUCACUAGCAAGCCUCCAGGGACUAUUGAGAUGGAAUAG